AUGCAACAAACUAAUCCAACUGCAGCAACAACAGCAGCAGCAGCAACUGCAGCAACAGAUGCAGCAACAACUGCAGCAACAGCAGCAACAGCAACAGAUGACACAGCACAAGAUCUUGACUUUCUUUGGGCUGGAUAUGUUGAUCCACCUGCACGCUAUAGCAGCAGCAGCAGCAGCAGCAGCAAACUACGUGCACCUUUGCUGCCAGCAGAAGCCCCUGUGUCGCUGCUACUGCAGGAGGCUAGGGAGAUGCAGCAACAGAUGCAGCUGCAGCAACAACAACAGCAGCAGCAGGAUUCUCAUCCAGCUCCCUUUUGCUGCGGCCUACAAAAAAAUAAUAUAUUUGCUGCUGCAGUGCAGCAGCAGCAGCAGCAAAUCCGCCGCAGCAAACAUCUCGUUACUUGGCUAAGGCGCAGCUGCAGCACCAUCAAAAUAUGGGCUGUAGCAGAUGGUUCUCUUUGCCACAGUUUGCCAGCUCCUUCCUCUGGUGCAUCAUUUUUACGUCUUCGUCAGUUGCCUCAUCCACAGAGUUUGCAGCAGCACCAGCAGCAGCAGCAGCAGCAGCAGCAUUAUCUUCUUGCUGCUCUUGAUAACAACGGGCAGCUAACAUUAUAUGACAGCAGCAGCAGCUUCUCUAGUGUAUGUACAUUCAGCUGCAGCGGGGGAGGAGGACCCAUUGCUCGUCAUAGCUUCUCUGCUCACCAUCUAAUUGUGCUGCAGCAGAUGCAUGUAGAGCACCUGCUGCUGCUGCACCAACGAAUGAUGCAGCAGCAGCAGCAGCAGCAGCAGCAGCAACAGCAGCAGCAGCAGCAGGGUGAAACGGCAGCAGCAGAUUCUACAAAUCUUUCAGCUACGGCGCCAACGCUUUUCGAUAGGACUGUUGCUGCUGCUGCUCUGCCGCUGCUGCGCAGACAAGCAGGCAGCAGCAGCAGCAGCAGCAGGAGCAGCAGGACUGGUGGAACAGGUGUGCCAGGCAGCUCGCAGGAGGAGCAGCUGCAGCAGCAGCAGCAAGCCUUACAAAUGCUGCAGCAGCUGCAGCAGCACGGCGAUCUGCGGCUCCUGCAAAGCACAGGACUUCUUAGUGUUGUUAAAGUCUGGUCUCUUGAACAGCUGCACCGCGUCGCCUUCUCAGCUCUGCGCCAAGGGUCUCAGCAGCAGCAGCAACAAGGGCAGCAACCGCAGCAGCAGCCAGAGCAGCAAGUGCAGCAGCAGCAGCAGCAGGAGGAGGAGAUUCCUUUGCGUGCUGUAGCAACGACAUCUCAACAGCAGGAGCAACAGCAGCAACAGCAGCAACAGCAGCAGCAACAGCAACAGCAACAGCAGCAGCGACGCAGGAAAGCACAUAGGCUUGGUGCCACCUUCGGUGCAGUCUGCUGCUUUGACGGCUGCACCAGCAGCAGCAACAGCAGCAGGAGUAGCCGCAGGAAGUGUUGCUGGAGCCAUCGCCGAAGCGAACACAGGUCUUGCUGCUGCUGCGCAUGCGGCAGUCACAGCUGCAGCCUCCUCCCUGCAGCAGCAGCAACAACUGCAGCAGCUGCUGCUGCUGAGACGGCGGAACCAAACGUGAGCGGGAACAGCAGCUGCUGCAGCAAGGGCAAAGGGAAAGUUGUCAGGAGCUGCAGCAGCAACAGCAGCAGCCGCUGCUGCAGCAACAACUCCGACAGCAGCAGCAGAAGCCAAGACACCCAAAACACUUCGCAGGAGGUGAGCAGCAGCUGCUGCAGCAGCUGCUGCAGCCCUGCAGCAGGUAUUUUUCUUGAGGGAAGUGUGGGUUGCUGCAGCAGCGACAACUGCAGCAGCAGCAACAGCAGCAGCACCAGCAGCAGCAACAACCGAGUGAACGUGAAGAAGAGAGGCAGACACGCUAGCAGCAGCAGCAGCAGCAGCAGCAGCAGCGGGAGUGGCAAGAGGCCAGCAUAUCGCUGCGGUCCUUGCUUGUCCAGACAACAGCAGCAGCAACACCAACAGCAGCAGCAGCAGCAGCAGAAUAUUGGAGAUCCACCUCCUGUGCCUGUAGCUGCAACAACAGCUGCAGCAACAGCUGCAGCACCCACAGCAGCAGCAACAGCAGCAACAGCAGCAGAAGAAGGAGCCUCAGCUGUCUGUAAGGAGGCAGGUUGGAUGACUGUAGCUGCGGCUGCUACUGGAGAUGCUGCUGCCACUGCAGCAGCAGCAGCGGCAGCAUCUAAGGAAAGUUGCUGCUGCUGCGUUGCUGUCGAUCCCCUCGAUCCCGAUCCCCAGGUGCCUCUUAGCUUUAUCAGCCGUUGCUGCUGCUGCUGCUGCUGCUGCUGCGCCCGCGAAGAUGUUGAGGCGGCAACAGCAGCAGCUGGGAAAGCAGCGAAGCAGGAGGAGGAGGAGCAGCAGCAGCAACAACAACAACAACAGGAGAAACAAAAGCAUCAGGACCUGCUUCAGGAGGAGCUUCAGCAACAGCAGCAGCAGCAGCAGCAGCAGGUGAGGGCCCCUAUUCAGGUGUCUGUACAGCCUACAGCCUUUUUUUAUUUUCCUCCUUCUGUCUAUUUUUGUGACAUAAUUGACAAUCAGCUGCUAGCUGUAUGGAGGACCCCGCAGCAGCAGCAGCAGCAGCUGCAGCUGCAGCAGCAGCAGGUGCAGCUGCAGCAGCAACUCACGUUGCAGCAGCGUAUGCAGCAACAGUUACGCCAACAGUUCCUUGUUCAACAAAAUUACUUCAUGUACAUGCAAGAGAGUGAGCAACAGCAGCAGCAGCAGCAGCAACAGCAGCAGCAGCAGCAGCAGCAGCAGCAAUGGCAGCAGCAGCAGCGGCAGCAGGACCACCAAUGGGCACUUUUUCAUUUGCAGCGGCUGCAGCGACGACUGCAGCAGCAGCUGCAGCAUUAUCAGCAGCAGCAGAUGCAGCAGCUGCGGCUGCUGCAGCAGCUAGAACAAGCAGAGGCCUCUUCUGUUGUUGGAUCCGAGCUACUAGCUGAUUGGGAAGUUUUUGACGUCCUCAAUCCAAUUCUUCUCCAACAACGAGCUCGAGCUAGCAGCAGCAGCAGCAGCAGCAACAGCAGCAGCAGCAGCAGCAACAGCAGCAGCAGCAGCAGUAAUAGUAGCAGUAAUAGUAGUAGUAUAAAUAGAGCAACACCAGCAGCAGGAAUAACAACAACAACAGCAGCAGCAGCAGCAACAACAACAACAACAACAACAACAGCAGCAGCAGGAGAAGAAGACGUAGAAGAAGACUACUAG